CUUGCUUCGCCGCCGCCGCUGCCGCCGCCGCCGCGUCCACCUCCCGUCCCGCCGCCGCAGCUCCCAGCGCCAGCGCCGCCGCCGCGUCCACCGUCAGCACCAGCGCCAUGCGGGAAAUCGUGCACCUGCAGGCCGGCCAGUGCGGCAACCAGAUCGGAGCCAAGUUUUGGGAGGUGAUCAGUGAUGAGCACGGCAUCGACCCCACCGGCACAUACCACGGAGACAGUGACCUGCAGCUGGAGAGAAUCAACGUGUACUACAAUGAGGCCACAGGAGGAAAUUAUGUUCCCAGAGCCGUGCUGGUGGACCUGGAGCCGGGCACCAUGGACUCUGUCCGCUCUGGCCCCUUCGGCCAGAUUUUCCGGCCCGACAACUUUGUUUUUGGCCAGUCGGGAGCCGGCAACAACUGGGCCAAGGGCCAUUACACGGAGGGCGCCGAGCUGGUGGACGCCGUCCUGGACGUGGUGCGCAAGGAGGCCGAGAGUUGUGACUGCCUGCAGGGCUUCCAGCUGACCCACUCGCUGGGCGGGGGCACGGGGUCCGGGAUGGGCACCCUCCUCAUCAGCAAGAUCCGCGAGGAGUUCCCCGACCGGAUCAUGAACACCUUCAGCGUGGUGCCGUCGCCCAAGGUGUCGGACACGGUGGUGGAGCCCUACAACGCCACGCUGUCGGUGCACCAGCUGGUGGAGAACACGGACGAGACGUACUGCAUCGACAACGAGGCCCUGUACGACAUCUGCUUCCGCACCCUGAAGCUGACCACGCCCACCUACGGCGACCUCAACCACCUGGUGUCGGCCACCAUGAGCGGCGUCACCACCUGCCUGCGCUUCCCGGGCCAGCUGAACGCCGACCUGCGCAAGCUGGCCGUGAACAUGGUGCCCUUCCCGCGCCUGCAUUUCUUCAUGCCGGGCUUCGCGCCGCUCACCAGCCGCGGCAGCCAGCAGUACCGCGCGCUCACGGUGCCCGAGCUGACCCAGCAGAUGUUCGACGCCAAGAACAUGAUGGCCGCGUGCGACCCGCGCCACGGCCGCUACCUGACGGUGGCCGCCGUGUUCCGCGGCCGCAUGUCCAUGAAGGAGGUGGACGAGCAGAUGCUGAGCGUGCAAAGCAAGAACAGCAGCUACUUCGUCGAGUGGAUCCCCAACAACGUCAAGACCGCCGUGUGCGACAUCCCGCCGCGCGGCCUCAAGAUGGCCGCCACCUUCAUCGGCAACAGCACGGCCAUCCAGGAGCUGUUCAAGCGCAUCUCGGAGCAGUUCACGGCCAUGUUCCGGCGCAAGGCCUUCCUGCACUGGUACACGGGCGAGGGCAUGGACGAGAUGGAGUUCACCGAGGCCGAGAGCAACAUGAACGACCUGGUGUCCGAGUACCAGCAGUACCAGGACGCCACGGCCGAGGAGGGCGAGUUCGAGGAGGAGGCGGAGGAGGAGGUGGCCUAGGCCCCGCCCCGCGCUGCGACCCGGCCUCGCCCCGCCUCUGGGCCCGCCCCUCCGAGCCUCGCGCUUCCCGGGUGACCUUUGACCCGCGGGCGCCGCUCUCCGGCCGACCCCCGUCCGCCCUCCCCGUAGCUCUUCCAACGUGGACGCACGCACCCCCUCGUGAGCCCCACCGUUAACUCUCCGGGAGCCUCCCUUCGCGCGGACCUCUCCUUCACCUUUGACCUCCCCCACGGACCCCACUGUGCUCCCAGUUUACUUUCCACCCCUCUGGCCUUGCCCCGCCUCCCCCAGGACUGCCUCGUCUCCCUCUGGCUCCCGCCCCUCCCCUCUCUCCCCGCCCCUCCCUCCCCUCGGCCCUAGCCAACCUCGGUUUGCCAGGGUGGUGGGGGGCUGGCUGCCGCCGCCCGAGGAAGAAGCCCUGGAGCAUGUGAGCAAAAGGCGUUGCGCCCUCCAGCCUCCCCGGCCUCCUCCCCUCUGCUUCACCCGCAAUAAAUAAACCGGUGGCCUGCCA